AUGGAGAAGGAAAUCUUGAGCAUUCCAACACCUGUCGUCUUUGACAAAUUAAUCGCCCAUCAAGAAAUAUACGCACACAAACCGUACGCAUCGUCAACUUUUGAUAACAGCGAUGAGAUUCAAAUCACCGUUCAGCAUCAGGACUUAUGCGUAUCACCGGGCAAGAGUUCGCUGCAUAUCUCUGGAAAAUUGCUCAAAUCGGACGGCACUGCAGCAGCGAUCACAACUUUAGUCAAUAACGCCAUCUGCCAUUUUUUCGAAGAUGUAGGGUACGAACUAAACGCUGUAAAGAUUGAUAAAUGUAGAAACGUUGGUCUGACUAUCCUGCUGAAAGGUUUCGCUUUGCUCAACGCUGGUCGCAGUUGGCUUACGAGAAAUGCUGGAUGGCUCAAUGUUAAGGAAACGAAAAAAUUAACUGAUGCCGAUAGCAACUUUGACGUAGUUAUUCCCUUGAGCAUGAUAUUAGGCUUCGCUGAAGACUAUCGCAAGAUCAUCGUUAACGCGAAACACGAGCUGAUUCUUACAAGUUCAAAAAGUGAUUUUGAUGCCAUCGUUCAAGAUCAAGAAAAAGAUUUCAGAAUCGUGAUCGAUCAGGUGGAAUGGUUUGUACCCUAUGUGAAGCUGUCGGAUCAACGAAAAAUCGCACUGUUCAAGUUCAUUGAGAAAGAUACGCCAGUGUCCAUGAGCUUCCGCAGUUGGGAGUUGUACGAAUAUCCUUUGCUACCGGCAACCACGAAACACGUUUGGACUGUGAAAACGUCCACCCAUUCGGAAAAACCACGAUUUGUCAUGCUCGGUUUUCAAACGAAUCGAAAAAACAAAGCCGGCAAAAAUGCCAGUCAUCUUGAUCACUGUAACAUUACUGACGUCAAGCUCUUCUUGAAUUCCGAGUAUUAUCCGUACGGUAACCUGAACUUGGACAUGAGACGCAAUCGCUUUGCAUUACUGUACGAGAUGUACGCAAACUUUCAAGCCACCUACUACGGCAAAGAACUUGAGCCUCUGUUGACGAAGAGCGAAUUUUUACAGUACGAACCUAUGAUUUUCAUCGACUGUUCGAAACAAAACGACGCUCUGAAAUCUGGACCGGUAGAUAUUCAUAUCAAAUUCGAGGCUAAAAAUAACUCUCCUACUGUGUUUUUCACGAUGGAGUUUAUAGUCGACGUACAAGGAUUCAGAAGACCGGGUCCCGGUUUUACACCAAAAGAGUUGGCAGUUGUAUCACUCAACGAAGAUACCAACCUGUCAAUUUUCCUCUUCGAACCUCCGUACGAUUGGAAUUAUUUACUCGCUCUAUUCAAAUGCGAAAAUUUUUGA